AUGGCCCCGGUCUCAGCGAGCGGCAGCAGGGAGGACGUUGGCACAGGGCAGGAGCGAACAGGCCUGGGGAGAAGGGGCAGGAGGUCGAGCGUUAGUGUCACGCCAGGAAAGGCCGGAGAGCCUGGAACAAGGGACCCCAGAUCGUCCCCGCCCCACGGCGGCCGGGCCGGCCACGGGCCCGACGCGUCCCCGCCCCACGGCGGCCGGGCCGGCCACGGGCCCGGCGCGUCCCCACCCCACGGCGGCCGGCCCGACCACGGGCCCGGCGCGUCUCCACCCCACAGCAGCCGGCCUGGCCACAGGCCCGGCGCGUCUCCACCCCACAGCAGCCGGCCCGACCACGGGCCCGGCGCGUCCCCACCCCACGGCAGCCGGCCCGGCCACAGGCACAAUGCAUCCCCACCCCACGGUGGCCGGACCAGCCACGGGCCCGUUGCGUCUCCACCCCAUGGUGGCUGGCCCGACCACGGGCCCAGCGCGUCCCCACCCCACGGCAGCCGGCCCGGCCACGGGCCCGGCGCGUCCCCACCCCACAGCGGCCGGCCCAACCACGGGCCCGGCGCGUCUCCACCCCACGGCAGCCGGCCCGGCCACAGGCACAAUGCGUCCCCACCCCACGGCGGCCGGCCCGGCCACUGCCCCAUUGCGUCUCCACCCCACGGCGGCUGGCCCGACCACGGGCCCGGCGCGUCCCCACCCCAUGGCAGCCGGCCCGGCCACGGGCCCGGCGCGUCCCCACUCCACGGCGGCCGGCCCGCCACAGGCCCGGCGCGUCCCCGCCCCACGGCGGCCGGCCCGGCCACGGGUCCGGUGAGUCCCCACCCCACGGCGGCCGGCCCGACCACGGGCCCGGUGCGUCCCCGCCCCACAGCGGCUGGCCCGGCCACGGGCCCGGCGAGUCCCCGCCCCACGGCGGCCGGCCCGGCCAUGGGCCCGGCGCGUCCCCGCCCCACGGCAGCCGGCCCAGCCACGGGCCCGGCGCGUCCCCGCCCCAUUGCCCAUUGA